AUCAGAACGGGAAGUAACACCAAAGAUGACCUGCUCUCGGCUGUGCUUCUUUCUCCUGGCCUUCGCGUCCUGCCUAGCGGUGCUGGCGCGGGCUGAGGCUAACCCCAAGGCUGACCCAAGCCCCGCCGCUCACCCUAGCCCGGCAGCUGACCCUCGUCCUGCAGCUGACCCGACUCCCGAAGCCAGCCCUGAAGCUAACCCCAGCCCGGUUGCUGACCCAAUCCCUGACCCCAAAGCUGAUCCUACCCCUGCCGCUGACCCCAAGGCUGCCCCUGCCCCUGUCGCUGACCCCGAGGCUGAGGCUGACCCCGAGGCUGAGGCUGACCCCGAGGCUGACCCAGGCUAUCCCGUGUACCCUACGCCUUGCUACCCGCGAGUGCAUUACGUCACCAAGUACCAGACGCAAGUGCAGGAGCUACCAGUGUACAAGACCGUCUACAAGCACCAGUACGUGCCCACAACCCUCUACCACACCCAGUACAACACCCAGUACCACACCGAUUACGUCACCAACUACAUCCCGAAGUACAUCACGAAGUCAGUGUACAAAACCAACGUCCAGUAUGUGACGCAGUACAAGACCCACUAUUUCACUGACUACCACACUGCAUACGUCACACAGACUCAGCUCGUGCCUCAGUACUUCACCAAAACGUACUACCACACCCUGUACAAGACGCAGGUGGCUUACGAACCCGUCUAUAAAACGCAGUACGUCCCCGAAUACGUCACCAAGACAAAGGUACGUUACCACACUCAAUACCAGACGCAGGUGGUGCCCCAGUAUUUCACCGUCACGAAGACUCAUCACACUUACAAGACCGUGUGUCCCAAGCCUGCUUAUGUAUACUGAGGAUAAGAACGAAGGAGAGAAGGAAGGGGAAGAGAAGGAAGGUGAUAUUGAUGCUGGAGAGGAAGAGAUGAGAAGGAAGGUGAUAUUGAUGCUGGAGAAGAAGAGGUGAAAAAGAAGGUGAUAUUGAUGCUGGAGAGGAAGAGAUGAGAGGGAAGAAGAUACUGAUGAUGGGUAUGAAAAGGUAAGAUGGAAAAAGAAGAAAAAACAAUGCCUAAUCACGUCACGACGAAGAAAAAGAAAAGAAAUUUUUAAAAAAUGAAUAGAAUUACUAUAAAGCUGAAGAGGAAAAACAAACGAAAAAUGAAAGGAAAUCAAUGCCACGCUACUUACCC